ACUUGCGCCAACCACGUUAGGAAAAUCGAUGGAAUCUCAUCAAACUCUCUUUCCUGCUCUUUCCUGCUCCUCCCUCACUGCAAACAAUCCUCGCACCAAGCUCCGCUUAGCGGCCCAUGGAUUUCCACGCCGACGCCCUCGUUCUGCGUCUUGUCCGGUGCGACUAGCGAUGCGGCCGUUCGUACAGCCUGCAGGCCGUGCGACACGCCAACGUCGACAUGCACAGACGCCGCGCUGCCUCAAAGACCAGUCCAACACAUGCGGGCUAUUUUCAGCAAAACAGCAAAGCCUCGUCCCUCCGCCGGACUGGAUUCUAAUCCCGUCUUUUGGGCGGCCCUCGUGCAUGUCAUAUCAUCUUUAGGCGUCGGAAAUAUCGCUACCCUAACUUUGGGUAGGGCUGAGAAGAAGAGCCCAAGAAGAAAACGGCGUCGGAUCCGUUCCGUUCGAUGGUCUCAAUCUCGUACCCAUUUAUACUAUUCAAGUCUUUCCUCACAUAACAGGCGUCGAACUAUCCAAGAUGCUGCUGUUUUUGCUCAAGGUCUUUCUUCUCGCGGCGCUGUUAGUCGGCGCCGUCUACUACUUCUUUUUGCUGCCCCCAAAAUACCCGCAAAACAUCCCGGCAAUCCCCUUCUGGGUUACUCUCAUACCUUUCUUCAAAGACGUCGACCAGUCAGACAUUUUCCGCGACUACAUCGACCAGCCGCUGCGGACCCACGGGGCAGUCAAGAUCUUUUUUGGCGCCCAAUGGAAUGUUCUGGUCCAUCGGCCAUCGUACCUGGUUGAGAUAUUCAAAGACGAGGACCUCUACGAAAAGAGCGGCAACCAGAAGAAGAUUCCUCACAGCGUCCUCGCCGAAUUCCUCGGCGACAACGUCAUUUCCGCAAGAGGCGACGUGUGGAAGAACUAUCGCGCAGUCAUCAAGCCCGGCCUCCAACGGACCGUCGACGCAGACGUGAUCGAGAACAAUGCUGUCGGUCUUUGUCGCCUCCUCCGCGAAUCCCAACAGCGGGAGGGGCGAGGCGGCGUCGCUGUGCAGGACCUGCUGCAGCGGUAUUCCGUCUCCAACUUCACCGAGGCCGUCCUUGGCACCACGCUCCAUGCACUCGACCGGGCCGAUGCCCCUAUCAAUCUCCUCCAGACGGCGGUCAAGAAAGAGAUCUUCAAGCCAAUCUUUAUGAGCUUUCCCUUUCUCGACCGCCUGCCUCUCAAGUCUCGCUUGGCGGCGAGGCGCACGGUGGGCCUUUUCAAGAACGAGCUCAAACGAGGGCUGCAGGCGAGCCACCACCUUCACAAGCCUGCGGAGAAGACAUCCUUGUCGGACCCGUCGGACAUGUUGGGCAAGCGAAUGCUUGACGCGCGAGCCUCGGGCCAGUGGGAUGAGAAGCAGCUCCUCGACAACCUCACGGUGGCCUUCGUGGCUGGCCAGGAGAACCCGCAGCUGGCCAUGAUAUCGAGCCUGUAUCUGUUGGCAAAGCAUCCAGAGGCGCAAGAGGCUUUGCGCCAAGAAAUCAUUUCCAAGGGUGCCAAGUCUGCAGCAGAUCUGGCCAAAGAGGACAUGCCGUACCUCACCUCCCUCAUUUACGAGUGCCUGCGGCUGUUCCCUCCCAUUGGCCAAUUGAUCAACAGGAAGGCGGCGGAAACUGCAGUUCUGGGCGGCGACGUCGUCAUCCCGAAGGGAACGUACGUCGGGUAUCACUGCUAUUCCACGAACCGGUGCCCGGUUGCUUGGGGCCCGACGGCCGACAAGUUCGAUCCCGGUCGAUGGGGUUGCUCUUCGGAGGCAAUCCAACAAAACUACCGACGCCGCCGAGCGAGGGGCGAGUGGAUCAGUUUUCACGGUGGCAAGCGUGCAUGUCUUGGCGAGAAAUUUGCCAUGCUGGAAAUUAGAAGCACACUGAUCCAACUGGUCAGCGAGUUCUCCUUCACGCUGGACCCGACGUGGAUUGACCGCAAGACUCCUGCCGGGCCUCUCUAUCCUCGGGCGCUCCGGCUGGUUUUCACAGAGCGGGAAAAGGGCGCUGCACGGUAAAGGAACCCAAAAGAUCUACGCUGUCGGUUUCGCGUAGAUUGAGUUUGAUUGGUUUUCCAGGAGUUUAGAUAGGGUUCUGGGGAUGAUAAUCAUAAAAGAUAUCUUAGCUAAUAAGAGACGUGCU